AUGGUUGCACAUUUAUGGACAAGAGAGAAAAACGAGCAGUUCAAAGAAUUAUUGCAGCUUCACUCUGCGACUUCACGCUCUCGGUUUCAUAAUAUCGCCGCGUAUAUACAGAAACCGGUUGUUGAGGUUAUGGAGCAUUACCAAGAAUUGGUCGAUGACAUUUUAGAGAUGGGGUCGACUCUAUUCGAUUUGCCUGAUAAUAUGACAGAGUCAAUGGCUCAGAAUCUGUACCAGAUGCAGAAAACUGUAUGGAGCAGAGACGAACACGAAUGGUUUCUGAUCGGGUUAAAAAGGUUUGGGAAAGAUUAUGGGAAAAUAGCGGUCUUAUUGGUUUCCAAGAACCCAAUGCAAAUUGCGAUCUAUUCUCAUAACUAUUACCAAUGGAAUAACUCAAGGAAGGUUAUGAAGAAACGAGAGGGAGCCAAUGACAUAACUAUGGUGGACACCAAUGAGGACUCGAUCAAACAAGAGAGCCUCGUUCAUCAGCAGCCGGAGCCACAACAAGAGCUAAAUGAGCUGGAGAUCGGUCAUGCUAAGUUUCCGACUCCAAGUCAUAUCUUCCAUGAUGACCAUGACCCCAUUGACAAUAAAAGAAUAAAACUUUUUUUUUGA